AUGAAGACGAUAUCCCCUAUGAUAUUACUACCUUCGUUGGUGCUUGCACAGCAGAUAUUUACGCCUGGACAGGAUCCUGAGCCUCGCCCACAAUGCUCGAGCAACCACCCAAGCCACCCAAGCUAUACCUUCACACCUUUCAGUUAUACCCAGACCACGACAGUGAGAUAUGCCAGUUCUCGAACUAUGCCUACCGCUACCUCAACUUAUGCACCGCCUCCAGAGUCGCUGGCUACCUUGAUCCCAUCACAAUCUUACACUACUUGGGGCAAGUGGGAUCCCAACGCUACGGCUACAGCGACUGAUACGGAAAAUCCAUAUGGUAACGCGGCUUGGACAGCUUUGUGGGAAUUUGCAAACCCUCCCAACUUUACCGAGACGGCAGUUUACAGCACUACUGUAGAGCCAACCCCGAUCCCGAGUGAUGAGCUUGUUCUCCCACCCGCUGAUUACUUUGGGCCAACGGAUUGCUACAACUUUCCCAAAGGUUUCCAAUUUGGAGUUUCAAGUAGUGCCUCGCAGAUUGAGGGUGCCACCGCCGAGGAGGGCAAGGGACCGUCCCUGAUGGAUAUCAAUUUCCGCGGGGGUGUUCCUACAGACUACGUCACAAAUGAGCAUUAUUACUACUACAAGCAAGACAUCGAGCGCCUGGCGGCUAUGGGAGUCAAGCACUUCGCUUUUAGCAUUGCAUGGAGUCGCAUAUUGCCAUUUGCACUCCCUGGAACUCCAGUCAAUCAAGAAGCCAUUGAUCAUUACGACGACGUAAUCAACUUCGUCCUGGAGAAGGGCAUGGUGCCAGAGGUGACUCUGCUACACUUUGACACACCCAUCCAGUUUUACGGUGAAAAUCUCACGGAAGCUCGCAAAGAUGCUGAAAUUGGUUACGUGAAUGGUGGUUACCAGAAUGAAACCUUCCAAGAUGCGUUUGUUAACUACGCCAAGAUUGUCAUGACACAUUACAGCGAUCGUGUGGCUACGUGGUUCACCUUCAACGAGCCGCUUCUGUAUGCGGAUAACGGAAAAUCGAUUGACAAUGUCAUCAAAGCUCACGCUCGAGUCUAUCAUUUCUACAAAGAAGAAAUCAACGGAACAGGAACUAUAUCGUUCAAGAUGAACAACAACUUCGGUGUACCCAAAGAUCCCUCUAAUGAGUCGGAUCUUUACGCAGCAGAGCAUUUCAACUCCUUUCAGCUGGGACCUUUUGCCAAUCCAAUCUUCCUGGGAAAAGACUACCCCGAGUCAUACAAAGCAACUAUCCAUGAUUAUGUACCUUUGACGGCCGAAGAUUUGGAAUAUAUCAACGGCACCGCCGAUACUCUGAGCAUCGAUCCAUAUACCGCUACCGUCAUCACAGCCCCAGAGCCUGGGAACACCCAGAGUAUUCUCGACUGUGCAUCUAAUUACAGCUCACCUUACCGGCCCUACUGUGUCAACCAAACCACGGCUGAUGUCUAUGGCUGGAACAUUGGCUACCGUUCUCAGACCUAUGUAUACAUAACCCCCACCUACUUGCGCACCUACCUCAACUAUCUGUACAAUACCUGGCGGCACCCAGUCGUCAUUGCCGAAUUCGGUUUCCCUGUCUACGGCGAGGCGGACAAGCAGCUUUCCGACCAGCUCUUUGAUACGCCUCGGAGCAUGUAUUAUCUUAGCUUCAUGUCCGAGACACUCAAGGCGAUUUGGGAAGAUGGGGUUGAGGUGCGGGGUGCCUAUGCAUGGUCCUUCGCCGACAACUGGGAGUUUGGCGACUAUGAUGCUCAUUUCGGGAUCCAGACGGUGAAUAGGACGACGCAGGAGAGGAGGUACAAGAAGAGCUUUUUUGAUUUCGUCAGCUAUAUGCGUGCGAGAGAUGUGGACUGA